UCUUUACAUUCUGAUAAUUUUUAUCCACGAUAAGAUAGAAAAGAAAAUAAAUUAUUAAUAAUUUUUUACAGUUCAUCAAUAUCCAUACUUUGUGACAGUAAGCUUUAAAAAGUACUCUAAAUUAAUUUCAAAAUCCAGAAAAAAUGAUUAAAGGGAAACAAAUUCCCUUUCUAAUUCUUUUGAAACUAUUUGCAAUAGUAAAAGCAGUAAAUUUUGAAAACAAUGGAAUUGAAAAAAAUGAAUUAAUAAAUUAUCGUUUGCCCACUUCAAUUAUACCAAUAAAUUAUGAACUUACAUUAAAUUUUUUACCAGAACUCACAUUUCGUGGCACGGUAAAAAUUAAAGCCAUUGUUCAAGAGAAAACAAAUAAAAUUGUUCUACAUUAUGGUAAAUUGAGUAUCAAAGGUGUUUCUGUUUUACAUAAAAAGGAGCAAUUAAUAAUAGAAAAUAAAAAUUAUGAUCCAAUCACUGAAAAAUAUUCAAUAACAUUGAAAAAUGUUCUUUCAAAAGAAAGUGAAAUUUUUAUAGUAAUUGUUUAUUCUGGUGAAGCUCACGAUGAUCUUAAAGGAUUUUAUAAGAUGACUUACUUUAAUCAAAAAGGGGAGGAAAAAAAAAUGGCUGCAACUCAAUUUAGUCCAAUUUAUGCCAGACACGCUUUUCCAUGUUUUGAUGAACCUGCAUUUAAAGCAUUUUUCAAAAUUCGCAUUCGAAGACCAUCUAAUUUUAUUGCUUUAAGCAAUAUGCCACGUGUUAAUAGUACAGAAGUUUUAGGAUCAAAUCAAUUGGAUAUUUUUCAAGAAAGUGUUAAAAUGUCAACAUAUUUAGUUGGUUUUGUCAUUGGUGAAUUAAAUUCAACAAAUACGAAAAAUAUUAAAAUUUGGACUAGAGAAGAUUUAACAGAUCAAACAAAUUAUGCCGAACAAAUAUCGACAAAUAUUUUAAAUAAUUUAGGAACAUUAUUUAAACAACCAUUAAUAAUUAAAAAAAUGGACAUGAUUGCAUUACCACAAAUGUAUUUUACUGCAAUGGAAAAUUGGGGUUUAGUAACAUUUAGAGAAUCAGCUCUUCUUUAUGAUAAAAAAGAAUCAUCAGUUAUUGUACAAAAAACAAUUGCUGAAACUAUUGUACAUGAAUUUACUCACAUGUGGUUUGGAAAUUUGGUAACACCCAAUUGGUGGGGUUAUUUAUGGCUUAAAGAAGCAUUUGCUGGCUACUAUCAAUUCAGAUAUUUAGAUGAGAUUGAAUCAAAAUGGAGAAUGAAGAAACAAAUUUUACUUAAUCGUCAAAAUGCCCUGCUUAUUGAUUCACAUCCUUUAUUAUCAAAACCAAUGAGUAGAAAUGUUCAUACUUCUCAAGAAGUUAUAGGAAUGUUUGAUAGUAUUUCGUACGAUAAAGGAUUGAGUAUUAUACGAAUGAUGGAUUUAUCUUUUGGAACUAAAGUUCUUGAUUCUGCAUUGACACUAUAUCUUCAAUCAAAGAAAGAAAAAAAUAGCAAACCGGAGGAUUUAUUUGCAAGUAUGCAGUUGAAAAUGAAUUCUAAUCUUGACACUUCUGUUGAGACAAUAAUGAACACAUGGACUAAACAAUCCGGAUAUCCGGUAUUGUUGGUAACAAUUGAUAAAAAUCAGGUAAAACUAAGACAAAUGCCAUUUUCAUUAGGGAAACUAAAUGCUAAUUCAACAUUAAAUAAAAAAUGGUGGAUUCCAAUUAGUUGGAUUUCACAAUCAACACCAUCGUCUGGUGUUAAUAGGUGGAUUAAUGACGAUGAGGUUAUCACAAUAGAUAACAAAAAAAAUGAUUGGAUUAUUUUUAAUGUAGAAGCUGCUGGUUUCUAUCGAGUUAAUUACGAUACGGUUUCAUGGCGUAAAAUAAUUGAAACUUUAAAUAGUUGUCAUUUUAAAAAUAUUCUUCCACUAAAUCGAGCGGCUAUUAUUGAUGAUUUAUUAAAUCUUGCAAGGGCAAAUCUUGUUGAUUAUACAUUAGCACUUGAAGGACUUCAAUAUUUAAGACGUGAAAAAGAUUAUAUAGCAUUUAAAAUUGCUUUUAAUUCCUUGGAUUAUCUUACCAAGAAAAUGUCAAAUCACACAGGAUUUGACAUUUAUACCAAAUAUUUACUGAGACUUAUAAAAGAUAUUCAUACAGAAGUUGGUUUUAAUGAUAAAAGGGAUGAUGACAUGACUAAAAUGUUAUUACGUAGAGAAUUAAAUUCAAUAUCCUGUAAUUUAGGUCAAGAAGAUUGUGUAAAUAAAUCUUUGCGUCACUUUGACCAAUGGAAAAAUGGUGUCAAUGCUCGAGUUCAUAGAAAUUUGAAAACUGUUGUUUAUGCAACAGCAAUUAAAAAAGGUGAUAUUGAUAAUUGGCACUUUUUAUGGAACAAAUACAAUGCUACAAAUGUUGUUUCUGAACGAAUGGAAAUAUUUAAUGCUCUUUCGUGUUCCCCACAUUAUGAAAUAUUGGAUAAACAUCUUCGUUCAUUUUUAUUCAAAACCAAUGGGCACAGAAUGUAUCAUGAACAUAAUUUAAAAGACGUUUUUAGCUCUAUAUUAUCUUGUAGUUUAUUUGGAGUUGAAUUUGUAAUAAAUUUCAUUGACGAGAACUAUGAAAAAAUAUUUAAAGCCAGUGGAAAUGUGCAACAAAUUUCAAGUAUUUUACUACAAGUGUCUCAGUACUUAUCCACUCAAACUCUAAUCGAUAAAUUUGAAGCACUCGUGCGAUCACAUAACAUUGAUCUUGAGCCAAUUAUUUCUUCAUUACAAGUGCAAUUGGAGUUUGCUAAACAUGACUUGGAACUAUAUCAUCAAAGUUCAAUGAAAAUUAUUAAUUGGUUAAAAUCUAAUAAGUUGAUUAACUCCGAUAAUGUAAAUUACAUAAUAAGUGAAUGAAUAUAUAUUUUUUUUAAAAAAAUAGUUUUAUCAGCCAAAUAUUUAUAUUGUUUUUUUUUUUACAUUUUUUAUGUAAAAUAAAUUGUGAAAAAAGUACCUAUUUUUUAA